AUGACGCGUCCACAGCACCCAGAAGAUGACUACACAUCUGAUGCCGAAGAAGGUGGCUUCCUCGUAAAUGAUCCAGAUCGCAAGAAGACGAAAGGCAGAUCCACAAGAAAACUGACACAGAAAUCCCAAACAUACAAGGAGGAGCCUGACGACGAUGUGGUAGAGGUGAAUGGAAGCAGAAAAAGGGCCACCAGAGGCCCACGCAGAGGCUCCAAGAAGAUCAAGGUCGAUGACUCAGACGAUGAGAACGAUGGGGACUUCAAAAUCGAAGACCACCACUCAGAGGAAGAGGAAGAUGACGACUUGGCGAUAAUCAGCCACUCACGCCACGAGGAAGGAUCCAACCCUCAAACAGCUGUGAACCUAGAUAGCGAGUCAGAUUUGGAGAUUGAAGCUAACGGAAACGGAGAUGCGGCGAAAAGACCAAAGCCGAAACAACGUCUCUCCAUGAGUCCAGGGGCUUCCGGGAAGAAGGCAAAAAAGCCUCGGAAAAAGAAAGAGCCAAAAGUGAAGGUUCCUUAUUUUACCCGAACCACCAAUAAGCUCUACGAGCAACACCCAGAGCUCAAGGAUGUCUUCCCUUACCUUCAGUCACUUCCGGGCAUUCCUGUGAAACGUGCCGAACAACCAGAUAAGAUGAAUGUCCGUCUUUUGCCGUUUCAGUUGGAAGGUCUUAAUUGGUUGUUGGCGCAAGAAGAUGGUGAAUUCCAAGGUGGUGUUCUCGCAGACGAGAUGGGUAUGGGUAAGACCAUUCAAAUGAUUGCUCUUUUUAUGAGCGACACACAAAAAAGGCCAAACUUGGUCGUGGGUCCCACUGUUGCAUUGAUGCAAUGGAAAAACGAGAUAGAAGCACAUACGCACGAUGGCCAACUCAAGACGCUAUUAUUCCACGGUGCUAAUAGAGAAACCGACAUGGAGGAGCUCUUGAAGUAUGAUGUGAUUUUGACUUCUUAUUCGGUGUUGGAAAGUGUCUACAGAAAAGAACGUUACGGAUUCCGCAGAAAGAACGGUCUAGUGAAGCAGAAGUCCCCAUUGCAUGCAUUACCAUUCUACAGAGUCAUCCUUGACGAAGCCCAUAACAUCAAGGAUCGUACUUCCGGAACGGCAAAGGCAGCAAAUGACUUGAACUGCCAGAAGAGAUGGUGUUUAACUGGUACACCCUUACAGAACAGAAUUGGUGAAAUGUACUCAUUGAUUCGUUUCAUGAAGCUCGACCCUUUCUACAAGUAUUUCUGUACAAAGUGUGAAUGCUCUCUGUCGGAGUGGAAGUUUUCUGAUUGGAGGCACUGUGACCAUUGUGGACAUUCACCUAUGCUCCACACAAACUUCUUCAACCACUUUAUGUUGAAAAAUAUUCAAAAGCACGGUAUCGAAGGGGAUGGUCUCACUUCGUUUCAACACAUUCGUUUGCUUUUGAGGAAUGUCAUGCUUCGAAGAACGAAAUUGGAGCGUGCGGAUGAUUUAGGUCUUCCACCGAGAAUCGUGGAGAUUAGAAAGGAUAAGUUCAAUGCGGAGGAGAAAGACUUAUACCAGUCUUUAUACAGUGAUUCGAAGAGAAAGUUCAACGAUUACGUCGCCGAGGGUGUCGUUCUCAAUAAUUAUGCUAACAUUUUCACUUUGAUCACGAGAAUGAGACAGUUGGCUGAUCACCCUGAUUUAGUUCUCAAGAGGAUCGGUACUAAUGCGAUUGCACAAGAUGUCGAGGGUGUGAUCAUGUGUCAGUUGUGUGACGAUGAGGCCGAGGAACCAAUUGAGUCCAAGUGUCAUCACAAGUUUUGUCGAAUGUGUAUUCAGGAGUAUGUGGAGAGUUUCUCUGGAGAGGAGAAGAAGCUUGAAUGCCCUGUUUGCCAUAUUGGUCUCUCCAUCGACUUACAGCAGCCCGCCUUAGCUGUGGAUGAGGAACAGUUUUCUAAAGCAUCUAUUGUUAACAGAAUCAAGAUGGGCACACACGGUGGAGAAUGGAGACUGUCGACAAAGAUUGAGGCAUUGGUUGAGGAACUUUACAAACUUCGAUCUGAUAGACAUACAAUCAAGUCGAUUGUGUUUUCACAAUUUACAUCUAUGUUGGACUUGGUUGAGUGGAGACUCAAGAGAGCCGGUUUCCAGACGGUUAAACUUUCCGGAUCUAUGUCACCACAGCAGCGUGACAAGACAAUCAAGUACUUUAUGGAAAAUACCCUGGUGGAAAUAUUUCUUGUGUCAUUGAAAGCAGGUGGUGUUGCCCUUAACUUGUGUGAGGCGUCGCAAGUUUUUCUCAUGGACCCAUGGUGGAACCCAAGUGUGGAAUGGCAGUCAAUGGACCGUGUGCACAGAAUUGGUCAGAAGAGGCCUAUUCGUAUCACGAGAUUUUGUAUUGAGGACAGUAUUGAGCUGAAGAUCAUCGAGUUGCAAGACAAAAAGGCUAACAUGAUCCACGCCACUAUCAAUCAUGACGAUGCCGCUGUCAACAGACUUACCCCAGACGAUCUCCAGUUUUUGUUCAUGAAUUAA